AUGACAUCCUCAAAAAAAGUUGAAAAACCAGAAGGUGCUUACGUUAAAAAGGGCCGUCUCUAUGUGAAAGCAGUAUUCACUGGUUUUCGACGUGGUAAACGUAAUCAACAUGAAAACACUGCUUUACUCAAACUUGAUGGGGUCAACAACCGACGUGAAACAAACUUUUAUUUGGGUAAACGUUGUGCCUACGUAUACAAGGCUAAAAAUAAAACCCUAGUACCCGGUCAAAAACGUUUGAAUCGUGUUCGUAUCAUGUGGGGCAAAGUAACACGAGCUCAUGGUAAAAGUGGUGGUGUACGUGCUAAAUUUCGUCGUAACUUACCACCAAAAGCUAUUGGACGACGAAUUCGUGUGAUGCUUUAUCCUUCACGCAUAUAA